GGUUCGCGAUGGCUGCGGCUGGUUCCGCUGCCGUGUCAGGGGCCGGGACCCCAGUGGCCGGGCCCACAGGCCGCGACCUCUUUGCCGAGGGGCUCCUGGAGUUCCUGCGACCUGCUGUGCAGCAGCUCGACUCUCACGUGCACGCGGUCAGAGAAAGCCAAGUAGAGCUCCGGGAACAAAUUGACAACUUAGCUACAGAACUGUGCCGGAUCAAUGAGGAUCAGAAGGUGGCCCUGGAUCUGGACCCCUAUGUUAAGAAGCUGCUUAAUGCCAGGCGACGAGUUGUCUUGGUCAACAAUAUUUUACAGAAUGCACAGGAACGACUAAGGCGGUUAAACCACAGUGUGGCCAAGGAAACAGCUCGCAGGAGAGCCAUGCUGGAUGCAGGAGUUUACCCUCCUGGUUCUCCAAGCAAAUAAGCACGGGCCUGCGACCUGAGUAUACAAAUCCAAAAUAUAGCUCCUGGGCAGGUGUGAGAGAGUGCCAUCUGCCAGGAACAACAAAAACUCCACAACAGAAAAGUCACUAGGACGCUGGUAAAAUUAACUACAAAUUACAGGGAAGGUAAAACUCCUUUACAGUCAAUAAAAUACUAAAAUUUCCAGAAAAUGUCAAAGCUUUGGCUAUUUGGCUAGCUGUGCCCCUAACCCCAACCCCCAUAUUUCUCCGCAAUGGGGAGAGGGGAGACUUACGAUGGAGUUCUGGAUCGAGUUUUCGGAGAUUGGGUGGCACUGUUGUAAUGAGAAUUUUCACCGUAGCAUCAGAAGAGCUAAUUUCAAAGCCAGUUUCAUUAGUCAGCAUGGUCAAAACUAAAAGAACAAGAUAAUCAAGAUGUAAAACAUAUUUGUUCUGUUUUGAUUUUUAAAAACAUUGUAUUUCUUUAGAGCAUGUGAGUAAGAACACUCACAUUUCUAUAGAGACCAAAGGACAACCCUUAGGAACCCGUUCUCUCCUACCAUGCAGGUCCCACAGAAUGAAUUAAAAGUCAUCAGGCGUGGUGGCACAUUU